CAUCCACUUUACCUCUCUAAACCAAUACAUUUCUCUCUAUCUUUUACAGGAGGAUCUCUUUUUCGUUAUGGAGUACAUGAAAGGAGGAGAACUAUUCAACCUGCUCAAGACUGCUCCAUUAUCAACUGAUACAAUAAGAUUUAUUUCUGCCGAACUUCUUUGUGCUCUGCAAUAUCUACACGGACGUGGCAUCAUUCAUAGAGACUUGAAACCUGAGAACAUACUGCUUGACAGCGCUGGCCAUGUCAAAAUAGCAGACUUUGGCCUUUCUAAAGUGGAUAUGUUUGGACCCAAGAAGGCGUAUAGCUGUGCCGGUACUGAAGCCUAUAUGGCCCCAGAGCCAUAUCAUUAUAAUGAAAGAACAAGAAUUUUGGAGAUGAAGGUAGCAGGGUCACAAUGA